AUGCAGCUAUCGGUCUUCCUCCAAAUCAUCUCCAGCAGCCUCGUAGCUGCCCAAUUCGGAUCUACCAUUAACGAUGGCAUGCCGAUAACAUGCGGAACUGGCUACAUACCAUCCCUAACCUGCGACACACCCAAUGGCAUGUGCUCCUGCACAUGUGACAGCGGAGCCGUCUACCAAAAACCCGAGUCCUCACUCAACCCCGUGUCAGACCCGUUAGACUUCUCCACCCCACAACGCCUCGCGACCAAACCCUGCACGGGCGAUGUCCUCAUGCCCUGGAAACACAUUGAUGUGCGCCGUACAGCGGGUACGGUACAGGAUUCCACGAUUGGAUCCAUAGUCAUCGACAACCUCGAGGACAGUAUUCUCCUCGUGGCUGAUGGCGCCCAUAGGUGCGAGCGGUUUGAGGUAUACGUUGAUGGUGUGUUGAUGGGAGAGACGUCGGGAGAAGGGCCCCGCGAUAAUUACAAGUGCGACGCCGUAGAAAAGUGUAUGAAGGAAGGCGCUGAUUUUGCUUAUUUUACUCUUCCGCGAGGAAAACAUACUAUUGGUACCAAAUGGGUCAAGGCAACCGAUGCAUGCAAGGGCUGGCCUAAUGGCAUUGCAAAUAUUCAGACCUACAAGCCCUGCAAGUAG